GAUGGAGGUAAGGACGAUAAGAGAAGUCGCGUACCGAAGUCACAGAACAGUGCAGAUGAAGAGAAAGGCUUAUGAGGAACUGUUUUUCAGUACGUGCCAAAGAUUUCCUAUGGAGGCAGAAUAUCCCCAAUAUCAAUUGAUACCGGUACAAGUGAGCGAUAAACAGCCAGUAAAGGUUUCAUCAACACGAACGACGCAAAAAAUAUCCGGAAUCGGUGAAACGAUCAAGGAGCUACAGAAUAGUCGCGACAAAAAUUUGUCGAAGAGCAAAAAUAACGACAAUCACCUGAGCGACGAAGAAGAAAAUAUCAAUGAAAUGUAUAGGAGCGAUGUAGAGUCUAGUACUAACGAGGAUAGUGAUAACGAUGAAACAUGUCAAGUAAUGAAUGGCGGUAGAAAUGAAUUCGAAAAACGUUAUUUAGGUAAUUUCAAUAGUAAUGUUGCUAAUAACGAUAAUGACAUCGAAAGCGAAGAGAGCCAAGAUGAAACGGGUUUGUUCGAAGUAACCGAUGAUAGCUCGGACGAUGAAAGCGAUAGGGAUCAAAAUAACCAAUACAAUGUUGAAAAUGUCGAUGAGAACAGUGAUGUUGAUGUGAAUGAAAAUUGCCACGCUGAAGCGACGCCAUUGUCAGUAAAACGAGGAAAAAUAGUGAAGUUAAAGAAUAACGUCCGCGAGGAUUCUAUUCUUAUGUGCAUAAUUGCAAUAGCUGUACGACACUGCCUAAAUCUGAUAACGAUAAUAACAUUAUUGAAAUAUAUUGGAAAGAUAUUACUAAGUAACACCAUACCAAAGUCAAAACGGGCAAUGUGGAGGAGAAAAAGAAGUGCAGUCAAAAAUAACUCCAUGAACAGACGGUUUAAUAAGCCACGAUUGAGAAUCCCACGAGAAGCUGUCAACCCUGCGUCGAGAAGGUUGAUGACCGGCGAUCGAGAAGCCCACGAGAAGUUGUCAACCCUGCGUCAAGAGGGAUGA